AUUUACUCUCCUGUCGUCUGCUUGCACUGUCUGUUAAUGAUUACACCCCUGAUUCAGACUAGGGCUAAAAAAAUACAUAGGGUAGACUUGGCUUGUGGCUAUACACACGUAACGAAGCAAGACGAUACAAAAGUUUGGGAAAGACCCCUAGAUCUGGAAGUGUCAUGGCGCCGAGUGUCCUGUGUGUGUUGUGGAGUUGCUUGUCCUUAGCAUUAAUUUACACCAGCGUACACGGAGCUCUACAACAACAUUCCGACUCUGAUGACCGCAUAAAUCACAUGAAAGCACUGAGCGAGUUGAACAAUGAUUUUGCUUUCCGUCUGUACAAAAGCAUCGCGUCUGGUGCUCAGUCCCAGAACGUGUUCUUCUCUCCACUGAGCGUGUCCACGGCUCUGGCUGCAGUGUCUUUAGGAGCAGGUGGUGAGACUCAUCAACAGCUUCUCAGUGGCCUCGGAUUUAACAGUUCCAUCUUCACCAGUGAGGAGAUGCACCAAGCCUUCCUCGAUCUCCUCCAGAACUUCAAUCAGAGGACAGGGGUAGAUCUGAACGUGGGAACUGCUCUCUACGUCAACGAGACCUUUAAACCUCAUCCAGAAUUUCUGGAGAAUCUUAAGAGUUUCUAUCUUUCCGAAGGCUUUUCUGUCAAUUUCGACAAGCACAAAGAAACCGCCAAACAGAUCAACAAAUAUGUCAGUAAAAAGACGCAGGGCAAAAUUAAGAAGUUUAUCAAAGCCUUGGAUUCACGUACCAUCAUGUAUCUUCUCAGCUAUAUAUAUUUUAAGGGAAAAUGGUCCAUCCCAUUUAAUCCCCAAAAUACUAGAAAGUCGGAAUUUCAAGUGGAUACAGAAACGACUGUUCCAGUUGAAAUGAUGUACGAGAAGAAUACUUUUUACAGCUACUUUGAUGUAGAACUCUCCACCAUUGUUGUUCGUCUGGAUUAUAAUGACUCAUUCUCCAUGAUACUGGCUCUACCAGUAUCUAAUGAUCUCAGUGUCCUUGAAGAGGCUUUGCACCCACACCUUAUAGCCAACUGGGACAGACAAAUGAGGAGAAGAAAAUAUGCGAUCUUCCUUCCUAAGCUGUCCCUAAAAACUUCCUAUUGCCUGAUCAACAUUCUGAGUCGAAUUGGAAUGAAGGAUAUGUUCACAGAGAAAGCUAACUUCACUGGGAUUACUGAUGAACCAGUAUACAUCUCUGAGGCUGUGCAUAAAGCCACAUUAGAUGUGGACGAAGCUGGAGCCACUGCAACAGCUGUGACUACAAUGCAUUUUGGCGCACGUUCUGGGCCACCAUCUCUGUACUUUAACAAACCGUUCCUUAUGUUUAUCACUGACCAGGAAACAAAGAACAUCUUGUUUAUGGGGAAAAUUGUCAAUCCAGCAAAUUCUGAGAUAAGUGACAUACACGGAAACACAGAAAACAAAAUAGAAGCCCUGAACGAGGUGAACAGUGAUUUUGCUUUCCGUCUGUACAAAAGCAUCGCGUCUGGUGCUCAGUCCCAGAACGUGUUCUUCUCUCCACUGAGCGUGUCCACGGCUCUGGCUGCACUGUCUUUAGGAGCAGGUGGUGAGACUCAUCGACAGCUUCUCAGUGGCCUCGGAUUCAACAGUUCCGUCAUCACCAGCGAGGAGAUGCACCAAGCCUUCCUCGAUCUCCUCCAGAACUUCAAUCAGAGGACAGGGGUAGACCUGAACGUGGGCACUGCUCUCUACGUCAACGAGACCUUUAAACCUCAUCCAGAAUUUCUGGAGAAUCUUAAGCGUUUUUAUCUUUCUGAAGGCUUCGCUGUUGAUUUUAAAAAGACCACAGAGACCUCUGAUCAAAUCAACAAAUAUGCUGUACAUAAAGCCACUCUAGAUGUAGAUGAAGCUGGAACCACAGCAAUAGCAGUGACGGGAAUAGGCUUCGAUAAUCAUAAAAUAAACAGGGUAAAGGUUGUUGUCUAUACACAUUUAGCUAAGAGCAACACUUGUACAUCUUCAGCAUUCAACAACGCUACGAGGCUUUGCAGAAGGUGGUUACAAAGUAUCAUGGCGUGGAGUGUCCAGAAUUUGUGGUGUUACCUUUCCUUGCUGUUACUUUUCACCAGCAUACACGGAAACACAGAAAACAAAAUAGAAGCCCUGAACGAGGUGAACAGUGAUUUUGCUUUCCGUCUGUACAAAAGCAUCGCGUCUGGUGCUCAGUCCCAGAACGUGUUCUUCUCUCCACUGAGCGUGUCCACGGCUCUGGCUGCACUGUCUUUAGGAGCAGGUGGUGAGACUCAUCAACAGCUUCUCAGUGGCCUCGGAUUUAACAGUUCCAUCUUCACCAGUGAGGAGAUGCACCAAGCCUUCCUCGAUCUCCUCCAGAACUUCAAUCAGAGGACAGGGGUAGACCUGAACGUGGGCACUGCUCUCUACGUCAACGAGACCUUUAAACCUCAUCCAGAAUUUCUGGAGAAUCUUAAGCGUUUUUAUCUUUCUGAAGGCUUCGCUGUUGAUUUUAAAAAGACCACAGAGACCUCUGAUCAAAUCAACAAAUAUGUCAGUGAAAAGACGCACGGAAAAAUCAGCAAGUUUAUUGAAAAAUUGGAUCCACACACCAUCAUGUAUCUGCUCAGCUAUAUAUAUUUUAAAGGUAAAUGGUCCAUCCCAUUUGAUCCCAAAAGGACUCAAGAGGAUCAAUUCCAUGUGAAUGAAAAAACAACCGUUCCAGUUCAAAUGAUGUUUGUGAUGGAUGAUUUUGACAUCUACCAUGAUCAUCAACUAUCUGUCAGAGUCCUUCGUUUAAAUUACAACGAUUCAUUCUCCAUGAUACUGGCUCUGCCUCUUAAUAAUAUUGCACCUUUGGAAGAGGCUUUGCAUCCAUACCACAUCAACAAGUGGCAAAAAUGGAUGUCUAAACGUGAGUGUGGCAUCUACCUCCCUAAACUGUCCCUAAAAACCUCAUAUUCUCUGAAGAGCAUUCUGCCUGACAUGGGAUUUAUGGAUAUGUUUACAGCUAAAGCUAACUUCUCUGGCAUUUCUGAUGAAAACUUGUUAGUUUCUGAGGCUGUACAUAAAGCCACUUUAGAUGUGGACGAAGCUGGAACCAAAGCAACAGCAGUGACGGGAAUAGGCCUCAUGCCCCUAUCUGGAAGAAUUUUUGAAGUGCUGAAGUUUGAUCGGCCAUUUAUGAUCUUUAUAGUUGAUCAAAAAACAAAGAAUGUCCUCUUUAUGGGGAAAAUUGUAAAUCCAGCAAAUUCUGAGGUCAAUCAGUAAUAAACAAAAAGAAAAAUG